AUGAAGAAGGAAAAAAAAAACAAAAGGAAAAAUUUAAAAAAGAAAAGAACAAAAAAACUUUCAGUUCACAGUCAAAUGGGAAACGAAAUUGUUAAAACAUUAGGAAAAGACACUGUGAAAAAACUUAAACAAAUGGGAGUAUUAACUAGUAAAGGAGAAUUUGAAAAACAAGUUGAUCAAAUUCCACCUAUCAAAAGACUAUGGGAUCCGGAAACUGGAAAUAAAGAACUUGUUUUACCUAAAGGAACACUUUAUGAAUUAUUUUGUAGUUAUUGUCUACCAUUUCUCUUUUAUAAGCAAACAAUACUUGUUAACAGAGAUUUAUUAAUGAAACACACUGAUAUGGUUGCAACCAAACUUGAGAUGAUUCAAUCAUCAAUGCCAAAAGCAGUUGAUACAAUGCGUAAAUUACAUGUUGAAAUGCCAAAACAAUUACAACUCACAAUGAGCUCAGUUGAAACACUUAAGAAAAGAGUUGAGAUAAUGAAAGAAAAUAUAAGUAAACUUGAACAAUUUAAUGAAAAAUUACUCAAGAUAAUUGAUCCACCAAGCACAACGUCAUCACUAUCACUUAUGUAA